AUGCCCAAAGACGAAGCUGCGGCGGCAGCUCUUGCUGGAGGCACACCCCUCAUCACCGGAAAAUCCUGGGACGUUUUGUAUCCUCCUCACCUCUUGGGUGAGGCGGUAAAGCAAAUUCAGGGGUCUUCUGCGCAAGAGGACGACACAGCCGCAUUAGCAACGACGGGGGAGAGCAGGGAUCAGCAGGUGCAAGUGCACCUCCAGAAUCAGCGGCACAUGGUGCUGCUGCAUACACCUCCCGCUCCUCCACCUACGCCGCUUACAGUAGAAGAGAAACUCGAGGGGCGGCACGCGGCUGAUGAGGAUGGUCCACUACCACCACCUCGGCAGCAGCAGCAGUUACCCCCGCUGCAGCCACUGCAGUUGCAACAGCUCAAGUUACAGCAAUUGCGGCUCUUGCUGUCUUCCCCUUCUGAGAGGCAUAGCCCCCAAGCUUCGCCACCACAUCUUCCUGCAUCAGCAAUAGCAGCGGAUGGCCCCUGCGCUCUGGCGUUUCUCUCCGGCUUGCCGCAUGCCUAUUCCCCUACAUCACAGGGAUCAACGGCAGCUCCACAGACACCUCAAGGUGAACUGGGCUUCGAGGCGGCAGCACUUGCUAUAGCCACAGCAGCUUCCACGAAGGAAGGCACAAAAGCGACAGCUUACGUGCAUGCAAAUUCUCAGCAGGCAAUGCCGUAUCUACCGCCACAGCACGGCGCGGACUUUUUUUUGGAGGAGAUGAUUGGCGCAGAGCAGCAGCAGGGCGAGAGUGCCUUGGUGCAAGUGCCAAGUGCCGAGACACAGAUUGACUUUUCUUCGAACUUGAGCACCAGCAACAGCAACGAGGAUGCUUGUAGGUCAACAAGUCUACCGGAUGAGGCCUUCGUGACUCGUUUGAGCUCCUCAGCAGAAUCUGCGACCACGGCAGCCCUCGUAGUAGCAACUCCCGGUGUACGUACACCGGAUGGACGCAUGUGCUGGACAGAAGACGCCUUACUUAGCUCUUGCCUGGACAACAGUUUGUCUCUUAGCAGUAAUUUGGGGGAGCCCACAAGUCUUGACGACUCCUUCUCGACUGUCGCGUCUGCUGCAUCUGUGGCCGCGUCUGUUGCUAAUAGCAGCAAGGAGUCUGCUGGAACGUCUCCUGGAGGGCUUGGCUGCAAGACAGAGUCACUCGCAACAGGGGCACCUGGAGUAGGAGGAGUUGGCUCGCUGUAUGGAAAGGCUGCUGAGGGAACAUCGGCUGCAGGAAGGCUUGAUAUGCUAGCAGACCUGCCUUUGCUAAAUAGUCAGUCAGCCACCGUAGGAGCGCCAGAAGAAGAGACGGCGACGGCGCGUGCGCCUGCAGGAACGACGGUGAGGCUCCCCUUUUGGCCUUCAAGCGAACUGCAACAACAUCAGCAACAGCAGCCAUACCAAAUGCCUUGCCCUAUUGAGGUUCAGCUAGCGGCACCGUUCUCACCCUCGGCCAUGACUGAUGAACAGAGGCAACAGUGCCAGGAUCUGCGACAGCAAGAGCGGAUGACUUUUUACAGGGAGCUAGCGUCCCAGCAAAAACACCUGAAGCAUCACCUACAUUCUAUGUCGCAGCAGCAGCUGGACCCCGUCAAUAAGCAGCAACUACAACAGGUACAGCAGCAGCAGCAGCAGCAGCUACAGCAGCUGCUCUUGCUAGGGCAGCAGUUGGAACGAGAGAAUGGCGGCGCUUGCUGCUCACAAAGUCCAGAUGGCUCAAUGAUUCAGCAGCAACAACAGCAGCAACAGAAGGACUGUCUGUGCAAAGGCCUCAACGAGCCUCUCAAAUUAGUUUCAGGUGGAGCUGGAGCUAAACGGAUGUCGCUGUUACUACCACGCAUUCCUCCAUGCCUGCCACCCCUGGUGGGGGGCUGGGAUCGAGCGUGGGAUCGCUCCCAUCUCACAUCUCUGCUGAUAACGCUGCCUCUGAAUUUCCCCUUUGGCCGCAUCCUUAAGUUUGGCUCUGGAGGUCCUGGGGCAGCGGCUGCACCUUUUGCUCCGACGAGCAAUAACGGCGGCAACAACAACAGCAGCCAGAGCUUAGGAGUUAAAAAGAGUUAUUAUAUCUUCUCGCCUUCCCUGCAUCCAGCGGCCCACAUGCUGUUCUCCCAUGCUGGAGGCAUCUGUGAUACUUUCGCGGCGUCGCUACAGAUGGAACUGGCGAUCAUUUAUGUCCCCUCCAUUUUAGUCCCACUUGUUGCUGCCGCUUUCAACACACUGGGAGAGGAGCUGCUGCCUCAACUGCAGCAGCCACUAAAACUUCGGUGCUGGGGCCUUCAGGAAAGAAAUGCUCCAGGCAGAUUCGGAGGAAAAGUUCUCACCGUCAGCUGCUCAGUUGAAGGGGAGGAGGAACGCAGGAAGUUCGAAAAGCUCCAAGCAUUCUUGCGCAAUCUUGAGACUUACGUCGAGGGACUCCUGAGAUCGUACGGCCAGCAGCAGCAACAAGCGGACGGCAAGAGAUCGAGAACGGGAGAAGGCGCAACUCCAUCCAGCGGUAGUGCAACAGGCACAUCCCAGGGAAAGACAUCCUGCUGCAGGAGACAGAAGGGCACAGCACAACAGCAGGCUACACAGGGGAAGAAGAACAACAUAUGGCGUUAUUCUGUCGUGGGCACCCCCUCCACCUCGGACGCGACAGACCCCUCCAGCAGUAACAGUGGCAGCAGCAAUAGUAGUGGCUGUCUGGAUCUCACUAUUCGCGCAUUCGAGACCAGACCGCUGGAUAGGCCAGUGAAAGACUUUGCUGGAUGCGCUGUUGAGGGAAUCUGCACCAGUGAGAUCCGUCUCGUCACCACGAGGGCAAUACACGGCAUGACCUGCGAGAUCGAUCCCCGCUUCCGUCGCUACAGUAUUGGCACAAGGCCUAUUCUCCAGACACCCUCCGGAGUCCUCUGUCGCCACUGCAUAGCCCCGCAGCUGCUUCCGGAUGUUUGGGAGGCGCAUCUCCGCAGCGGAGUCUCGUCUGCUCGAGACCAGCAAAAGAAGCUCACCGAAACGUGCGUUAUUGCGCACAUUGAGCGCAAGCCACUCGCAAAAAGAGCCUACCUUUUGGAGUCUCUUGGUCGCUUGGGCGUUCCACUGUGGGUGAACGGAGAACCGCGAACGCAGCCAGCAGUGGAGGCUGCCGAAGAGGAUUCGGAUUCUGUCGCUUCGGGUACAGCUGCUGCUGGAGGCGACCAGGAGGUUGCGAGCAACGCUCAGCUGGAGGCUGCGCAGCCGAAGACGGAUGCCCGUCAGCAGGCUGUGCUGCAGCAGAUGAGUUUGCUCGGUUUGGAUCCGUCCUCCGAGUUGCAACAUCAGCAACAGCAAUCUCGGCUGUAUGGCGACGGGCAGGAUCCAAAGCAGAGCUCCCGGGCGAUCCAGCAGCAAUCGGCAUCAAAAACCGUGCGCACAAGCAGACAUCAGCAGAGGAAGGGGCAGCUGGCUCGAGUGGCGCAGCAGCAACUAGCGCAG